CAUGGCUCUAAAAGAGCCACGUGGUCUUCAAGCCUGCAUAUAAAAUCAUAAUGGAUUCUAUAAGCCUAGAGACUGGCAACCAGGCUGACUCUGGUGGUGGUAUCCUGCAGACCUUCUGGGGACUCUCCUCACUAGAGGAGGAAGAGCAGCUCCAGUCAGCCAAGCAACUAAUCACCUCCUUGCAGAAAUCACAGGAGGCAUGUGGUGAUGAAGAGAUGUGCUCGGAUAUUCAGUACACUGUGAAGCGGCUCAUCAGAGGGCUAGCGUCCAACAGGAAGGGUGCACGGCAGGGCUACUUCAUCAGCCUCACAGAGCUAUUGUCUGUGUCCCCCGCUAUCCCCGUGUCUCAAGUGUUGCAGCUGAUACGCUCCCACCUGGAGCCCACUGGUGGUGACAAGGCUGCAGAAGAGAGGGGCUUGUACUUUGGGAAACUGUUUGCUCUCCUAGCACUCAUCAAGUCAGGCAGAGUCAGCGACAAGGAGGACAUUGUCAACGUGGCUCAGCAGUUGCAUACUUGCUAUCUAAAGAAGAACUACCUUCGAGAGUUUUGCUAUAUCUCUAUCGCCCACCUCGUGGACUUGUGCCACUCUCAGGGAAAUGAUGACAUCGUCCAAGAUGAAGUGAUACCCAUUGCCCUGGAUACAGAAUGGGACGGGUGUACAGCUGAACAACUGUUCCUAUAUCUUCACAUGAACAACAUUUACGGAAAGGAGAAGUGGUUUCGUAAGUACUUGAGUAAGAAGCUAGGCAGUAAGAAUUUGCUGAGUGAGGGAUGCAUGGAGCAGCUUGUUCCUGUGCUGAUGGAGUCAACCUCUGCUCACCCUCGACUACAUAAUGUGUGGGCGUUGGUCCUGGAGGCGAUUAGAGGGAAAGAGGUCUUCGAGCUAUUCUGGAGGACUGUGGUGGAUGACUCUUUGUUUUCCUCAAGCCACGAGCGUCGCUACCUGGGUUUCAAGCUGCUAGAGUCUCUCCUCCCCUCACUAACAGUGGGUGAGGUGGCCAUCACACUCUCCCCCAACCUGCUCUCCUGUCUCCUCAACAACUCAGCAGCCAAGGAUAACUACCUCCAUCUGGCUGCUAAACACUUGCUGACUGAGAUGUCUGCUCUUGUGACUUCCUCAACUGACAGAGAGCUUCUGAUUGCAUUGUACCUCCAGCUGAAAAUAAGUACGCACAACAAGUUUGACCAGCUGUGUGGAGUGAAGCUCACUGAACAAGUGCUGACUCAGCUCUCAGUGGAAGGAGUAGGGCUGUUAUUGGAUAGACUGACUGCCCUUCUCUGUCACCCAUCACAGCUCAACACUGCUACCAUCAAUGGUGUUGGUGCUGACACUCACUCGGUACAGCUGUGGGCCGUGGACGAGAUCCUACUCAUUCUCAGACAGCGUAAACUGCCCCGGCAUUCUACAUGGAUUCUGAAAGCCACCAAAACCCUGCUCCUGUUCUCACUGUUUCAACUUCCUCCUUCCUCGAAGAAGCCCCUACCACAGGAGCUACUGAAGUGUUCUCCUGAUGUUCCCUUCUCAAGCUCCAUACGUCAAACUCUCUCUCAGCGUCUGGCCAGCGCUAUAUCCGACCUCAGUAGCUUGGCCCUCACAAAAACUCCUCUCUCGAAUAGCGAAAAUUCCUCCGAUUCUGUUGCUGAAGACAAAAUGGCCGCUACCGAGGAACAGGGUCAAAAACGAUGGACUACUGGUAUCCCUGGAGUGAUGGAAGAUGGUGGCUACUUUCUGUCUGCUCUGGUUAAGUACGUUGAUGAGUUGACAAAUGAUGGAUUGUGUCUGGUAGAGGAGCUAGCAGAAGAUGUUCUUGAAGCGUGGGCUACUUCAAUCGAACACGUUGCCUCUCUUACAAGCAAGGAGAGUUUGACUCCUGAGGAGAGGGCCUUCCUAUUGUUAUUCUCUGCCACUGGUUUACAGUUACUCACUUCAACAGAGGAGAGAGAUUCAAUGAGUAAAACUGUGCAGGAGUUGAGCAUUUGCUUCAAUGAGAUGAGCCAGUCGCUGGUUAAGAGAAGGACUCCUAAGAAAGUCAAAGGUCCUGGUUGGAUGGCCGUGCUCACUGAUGUCUUACUCGGACUGCUCUCUCACUCAUCACAGCUAUGGAGGAAUGUUGUGGAGCAGGUGUUCAAACAGCUGACCCACUGCGUGACUACAGACUCACUCAAGCUCAUCCUAGAGGUGCUGGAGCCAAAGCAAUCCAAAGAUGACAUCAUGGAGGUGGACGGAGAGGAGGGGAGUGACUCUGGUGAUGACGGCAGUGAUGCUGGUGACGGUAGUGAUGCUGGUGACAGUGGUGAUGAUGGUGAGGCUAGUGACAGUGGUGAGGACUCUAGUGUGGGCGGUGAUGAGGUGGUGGACCCGCUGUUCAGAGCUGAUAUACGGAAGGCGCUCGGAGCAGCUGGUAUGGAUAGUGACGUCGAGAGUGGGGGCUCUGUGGAUGAUGAUGUCAUGGCAGCCAUUGACAACGACCUGGCUGAAGUAUUCAGGACAAGGUUCGCACUCAAGCAUCAGAAGAAGGCAAAGAAAGACGAAGAGAAAUCUGUCGUUCAUUUUAAGUUGAGGGUACUCGGUUUAGUGGAGGCAUUUAUCCGCAAGGAGACAACCAACCCUCUUGUGCUGGAAGUGGUGGUCCCCCUGUACGAGGUGAUCCAAGGCGCUCAGAGUAAGAAAGACCAUGCCCCACUCGUUGAUAAGGCUAAAGGGAUCUUCAAGAACAGGCUGUGUCACAUGAAGGAGUACCCUAAGACAAACAUUGACUUGAAGCGCAUCCAUGACAAUCUUCACCAGCUGGUGGACCACCUGAAUAAAGCGAACGCCCUCACAGCCCCACUCCUCACACAAAGCUUUCUCCUCCUCAUACGAGUGCUCCGUGGCAAUGCUACGAGUCUCCCUCUCCCUGCCAUCUCACCACUCACCACUCGCUCGGGACGGAAGAGGAAGAAGGUCGAGCAGGAGCCACAGUCACUAGAGCAUGGUGACCUGAAUGUGGAUCAGGUGACCGACUGGUUGGCUAGUGCACUCUCGGACUUUGUCACCAAGAAGAACUCCAAUAUCAAUCCAGUGUUUUUCUCCACCUAUAUUGAGAGGUACCCGAGUCUCGGUGUUCACCUCGCUCCCAAGCUCAUAGAACUUUUGCCACUCUCAGCCAACUACUUCAGGAAGACCCAGAUGUACGAGAUGCUGGCCGUGCUGAGAGGACAUGUGGGCGGCGGGGAAAGCCCCUUUGAUAAACUGUCUACUGAAGAUCUGGAAGCCAUUGAUGCGCUCACCAGCAAAUCCAAGAAGAGAAAAAGAACAAAACACAAAAAAUGACUUAGUACUGUGUAUAGGUAGCUGCUAUACAAGUUACAUACUUCAGUCUAUAAUUAUUGCUUUAUUUUGCACAGUCAUGAUAAAUUAUCUCAGA